AUGGAUCAUGAGUGUCAGCAGCUUGAGGAGAUUCCCCUAAAGGUGUUCACGACAUCAUUCCCGGCAAGUGGGCCUACGUUAAGAAAGUACACAAAGAACCGUUGGGUGCCAAGUGGGAAGAGUGCUGCCAAUCCAACAGUGAACAGAAAUGAUGAAAAUGUGAAGAGAGGUAACCGGUCCUCGAAGACUGACUACUUGCUCUCGAUGAUUGGCUGUGCUGUGGGUCUAGGCAAUGUCUGGAGAUUCCCUUUCCUGGCUUACAAAAAUGGAGGAGGUGUAUUUCUUAUUCCCUACUCAAUCAUGCUGGGUUUUGUUGGGAUACCAAUAUUUUUCUUGGAAUCUUCCUUUGGACAGUUUGCCAGCCUCGGGCCUGUUGCAGUGUGGAAAUCUGUACCAAUGUUACAAGGUGUUGGAGUCACCAUGGUCCUUCUGAUCAUAAUUGCCAACAUUUCCUAUGCCUGCAUUAUUGGUUACAGUCUGUACUACCAGUUUGCUUCCUUCCAAUCACCCCUACCAGCUGGCUUGGUACAUCAAGCAGUUUUACACCGUACAAGUUCAUUGGAUGAGACUGGGGAGAUAGUCUGGCAUUUAGCCCUCUGUCUGCUUCUAGCCUGGCUGAUGGUUGGGGCAGCAUUUUUGAAAGGAAUCAAAUCUUCAGGAAAGGUUGUUUAUUUCACUGCAAUUAUCCCGUAUGUGGUUGUGACGAUACUCCUGAUCCGAGGCGUUACCCUGGAGGGAGCCUCUAAAGGAAUUGAAUUCUACAUCGGAAGCCAUUCAGACUUCUCCAAACUGGCUGAUGCUCAGGUCUGGAAAGAUGCUGCAACACAAAUUUUCUACUCGACAUCAGUGGGUUGGGGCAGUUUAAUCACAUUGUCAUCCUACAACAAAUUCCACAACAACUGUUACCAAGAUACCAUCAUUGUCUGUGUUGUUAAUUGUGCUACGAGUGUGUUUGCGGGAUUUAUCAUCUUCUCCACUCUUGGACACAUGGCUCAUGUGCAAAACAAGCCCGUUUCAGAGGUUCCACGGUCAGGGUUUGGUUUGGCCUUUAUUGCCUACCCAGAGGCCCUUGCACAGUUGCCAUGGGCAACUUUAUGGUCCAUUUUAUUUUUCUUCAUGCUGAUCACUUUGGGACUUGACACACUGUUUGCAAGUUUUGAAACAGUAUUAACAAGCCUGCUGGACCAGUUUCCUGAGUUCCUUAGGCCAAAGCGUCUUUAUCUGACAGCUGGUCUUUGUUUGUUAUUUUAUUUCCUUGGCCUUCUGUUUGUAACACAGGAGAUGGAAGCGACACCAGUUAUAGUAAUGGAGGAGGAAGCUCUAUCACGAUAA